UUCUGAGGACUAGGAAGACCCUCCCACAGGGGGGUUGGCGGGAAGCCGGAAGUCUUGGAGCAGCUAUCUGGCUGCUUGCCCCUCGGGUCGUCCUCCCUUCCCGGGGACCUCUGGGUUCUCUCUUCUUCUUCCGACAAGCUCCGAUCGUUUUGACUUCUGGAAGCCAGAACCGUGCGUGUAUCUCUCAGUGUAACAGGGUGAAUCUCAGAAUGGAGCAGCUCUGCAUCCUCUCCCCAUUCCCCAAAAAGAACUAAAUUUCAAGCUUCUCUCCUUUAUGCCUGCCUGAUUUCCAGCCCAGGCUUCCAGCUGGUAGAGAAGAUGUAAUAUCUCAUUUUAAGCACAGGCAAGCAACCUGGAUGCUGGACCAAAAAGGCCGAGGAACUGCUCUCCAGAACAAGAGAUCAGACUUGAAAUGAAGGACACUACUGAAGUGAUAAGUCUUUCUGUGGCAGAACCUCACAAUCCAAGAAUUAUAAGUUGCUGUGAUUUUACUUGGAGAGAAAUCUGUGCUACUUAUAAGAAACUCCAAACUGGCAAGAAACCUUAUGAAUGUAACCAGUGUGGAAAGGGUUUUAGAAAAAGGAGAGCUCUUACUGUACAUCAGAGAAUCCACUCUAAAGAGAAACCUUAUGAGUGUAACUACUGUGGAAAGCCUUUUAUUGAAAGAAAAGUUCUUACUUUACAUCAGAGAAUCCACAUUGGAGAGAAAUCAUAUGACUUGGUGACAUUCAGGGAUGUGGCUGUGGACUUCACCCAGGAGGAAUGGGGCCUCUUGGACCCUCCCCAGAAGGAGUUGUACAAGGAAGUCAUGCUGGAGAAUGCCCAGAACCUGCUGUCCCUGGGGCUUCCAGUUCCCAGAGAAGAUGUGAUCUUUUAUUUUAAGCAAAGACAAGUACCCUGGAUGCUGGACCAAGAAGGCCUGAAGAGCUGCUCUCCAGAAAGAGAGAUCAGACUUGAAAUCACAGACACUCCUGAGGAGAUAAGCCUUUCGGUGGCAGAACCUCACAAGCCCAGAAUCAAAAGUUGCUGUGACUUUACUUGUAGAGAAAUCUGUGCUACACAUGAGAAAAUACACACUGGCAAAAAACCUUUUGAAUGUAACCAAUGUGGAAAGGGUUUUACAAAAAGAGGAACCCUAACAAUACAUCAGAGAAUCCACACUGGAGAGAAACUUUAUGAAUGUAACCAAUGUGGAAAGACUUUCAGACAAAAGGCACAUCUUAAUGUACAUCAGAGAAUCCACUCUGGAGAGAAACCUUAUGAAUGUAACCAGUGUAGAAAGGGUUUUACUGAAAGGAAAACUCUUACUGAACAUCAGAGAGUCCACACUGGAGAGAAACCUUAUGAAUGUAACCAGUGUGGAAAGACUUUCAGCUAUAAGGAAUCACUUACUGUACAUCAGAGAAUCCACACUGGAGAGAAACCUUAUGAAUGUAACCAGUGUGGAAAGACUUUUAGACAAAAGGCACAUCUUAAUGUACAUCAGAGAAUCCACUCUGGAGAGAAACCUUAUGAAUGUAACCAGUGUGGAAAGGCUUUUAGACGAAAGGGAGCUCUUACUGAACAUCAGAGAAUCCACACUGGAGAGAAAUCUUAUGAAUGUAACCAAUGUGGAAAGACUUUUAGAUACAGGGGAGUUCUUACUGAACAUCAGAGAAUCCACACUGGAGAGAAAUCUUAUGAAUGUAACCAAUGUGGAAAGACUUUUAGACAAAGGGGAGUUCUUACUAAGCAUCAGAAAAGCCAUGUUGGGGAGAAACGAUAUGAUUGUAACCAAUGUGGAAAGGCUUUUAGACGAAAGGGAGCUCUUGCUAAACAUCAGAGAAUCCACACUGGAAAGAAAUCUUAUGAAUGUAGCCAAUGUGGAAAGACUUUUAGAUAUAAGGGAGCUCUUACUGAACAUCAGAGAAUCCACACUGGGGAGAAAUAAGUAAUUAAUAUGGAAAGGCUCUGGUAGAAAAUGCUGAUUGAUUUUUGCCAGAUUAGUGAGGAAAUAUAAAGGUAUUAAAAUAAGGAGGAAAAUGAAUUUGUUAAAGAACAUUGGGAUGCUAGCUUUGGUAAUUAGAGUUGAGAAAGAGAUUAAAGGAAUUAGAGUAGGUGAUGAGGAAUCCAAAUUAUCACUCUUUGCAGAUGAUAUGAUGGUAAACUUAGAGAACCCCAGAAAUAAUCCAUAAAGAACAUUGGGAGAGAUCAGUCUACAGAAGUAGAUUCAGAUCCCUUGUAUAAGAAGGUCUUUCUUCUAAUGACUUGUAGGACUUUGUACUUCUGAAUUGAAUUGUUCGAUGUAAUUGCUACUGCUUUGGAGUCAAUAGCCAUGACUUUUUUUGUUUUGUUUUUGGUUUGGUUUUCAGUAGUUGAUGUCUGAAUCCUUUCCUUUGUAAUUUCAGUUUUUUUUCUGUUUAGAAGUUCUGGCUAGUUCUCUUGGAUUGUUUUCUUCAUCCUUGUGUCCAUUUCCCCCCAAGUUAUGUCUUUCUGGGAUAUCAUUGAUCUUUAGGAUGUCCGGGUGCUUAUGUUUUUAGUAUUCAAUGCACUUUAUUUUAGCAAGGGGCCAAUUUUUUGGUUUUUUUUUCUUAAUGAAUUCAUGUUUUUUACUUCACUUCUUCUAGGCUGUCCUUCCCUUUUUGAAUAUUUACAUUCCCUCACUAUUCUCUCUUUUUUUUUUUUCUCAUUUGGGGAGGGUUGCCAUGGCAGAUUCUAGGAUUCCUAUUCCCUUAUGUCUAUUCUUUUAGCUUUGCAGUUUUGUAAGUGUUUUAUAUAUGAUUUCCCAUUUAAAAGAUGCUAUAAAUAAGUAUUUUACCUCUACUUUCUUUACAUAUUAGUUCAUCUCUUCUGCUUUCAUCUCAAUCUACAUUUCUUCAUUCCCCCUUUUCCUUUAAAUUCUGUUUUAGAUUCCCCUUCCUAUCUUGCCCUUUAGCUAUCUCUGCUCAUUGGAUUUUAAAUUUCAUGCAUUUUUCUUCCCCUUUCCAAUGAGGAUUUCUUUCCUCUUCACUGUCCAUCUUCCCUUUCUUUUCAAUCUAGAUUUUCAUUCUCUGAUCCACAGCCCCUCUCUUCCUCUAGUCAUUGCCUUUCCUUGUACACCUAGAGUCAAAGCCUCCAAAGUGACCCUUCUGAGCUCUGCCAUGUAGGACAUUUGUGAUCUACAUUGAUUCUAGGCCUGCCACAGAGAUUCCUCCUUUCCAUGGUGUCUUCCUUUCAGAAUACUGUGUAUCACUGCAGUCAGAGAGAAUACAGCUCCAUUGUGGGGAACAUUGCCCCCCCUGAUAGUUACCCUUUUUUCUACUUUUAUUUUAUUUUUUUUUUUUUUGAGCAUUCUAGUAACCUCAACCCUGUUUCCAUGCUCUCCUACUCCUCCCAGUACCAGGAGUGACGGCUCCCCCAACCCAAAGACAAGCAGCCUUUUCAGGCACUAAACCCACAAACCUCAGGCUGAUGUCCCUUAUCUCCUGUAAGAAUAUCCCCAAUCCCCCCAAAUCUGGCCCCCCACUCUCUGUCUACCUUCUCAAUCUUUCCAGUUUUCUCCCUGACUUCUCAGAUGGUUUCUCUUUCCAAAUCCAUAAACCUCAUCUCCCCAAUCCCUAUUUUCUUGACUCUUCUCUAUCCUUUGACAUUCUUAAGGACUCUCUUCUCUAAGUUUUUAGGAUAGGACUCUUUCCUGACUUUCCCCCUCCCUAUCUGAUCAUAAAAAAAGAUGGAAAGAACUCUGGGUGGGAAGGAGCCUCUCAAUUUAGGGAUUUGUGGAGAGCCCCAAAUAGAUACAGUUCUGGAUCUUGAGUCACAAAGAACUGGGUUCUAAUUCAGCCUCAGACAUUUAGUAGAUGGGUGUCUGGGUAAGACUUCCUCAUUAGUGAAUGGCAAUCACGUGAUUAUUAUCCAGUUCCUCCAGCUCCCAUUUUGCCAUCUCAAGUGCUGGUAAUGGUCUGACCAUUCUCUGAGCCACCCUGGAGCUUUUCCUUUACUUCUCAUUGACAGUACACCGAGGCUUCAAAGGUUGGAGUCCCCACCACCUGUCAAGGUGACCCAUUUCACUUUCAGCCAGUUUUAAUUAUUAAAAUGUCUUUCCUGAGAUCAGGCCUAGAUCAGUCUCUUUCUUACUUCCACUAGAGACUCCCAGCUCUGCCCUCUGAGGCUCAGCAGGACAAGCUUGCUCACAUACCUGGGACUUGAGCUGCUUCCCACUCCUGGAAAUACUUCUCUAUACAUGGUAUAAGGUAUGGAGAUCUUUUUCAACUCAGUUGCCUGGAAUGGGGGACAAUAAUGCAGCUGAUGUCUGACAGCAGCUCAGAGGGAUCAUCCCCUGCCUGUUCCUGCCUCACUUCAUGCCUCCCCAGAUGACACUGAGCUGUUUCACUUCUGCCCCCCAGGGCUCACACAUGCCGAGCUUGUGCUCAAACCCUAAAUCCUAUUUUCCAUAACAACUUGUGUCUGGUGUCUUUCUCCUGCCAGAAAUGCAUUGUUGUGAACCUUUACUUUAGUGUAUGGGCUAGCUCCCUGGAGGGCCUCAGGAUCAAACAGAGUCAGGAUAACUCAAAAGUUCUUGGUCUUUAGCGGGAGAAGUGAAAGAGGCAGGUGAGCUGCCAUGCGUCUUGGCAAAGAUGGAUCCGGGAUUCUGGAGUCCAGAUUCUCCAGCCUCUCUCCUCCUCAUCCUGCAGCCAUGUGAGACUCACUUCUCUUCCUCAGCCCUCCAAUCCUUGCUUAUGAUUACCUUACUACCACCCAUUCAGCAGGUGCCAAUGGUGAGGAGAGCCAUUAUCUAAAUAUGCUUAUAUAGCCAUUAUCUCACAUAGAAUGAGUAAUUAGCCUUAAGUGCUCUCUUGUCUGAUUCAAGCACACCUUUUCCAGAGGUUCAGCUCUCUACAUUUUCUAACAUAAAUUCAUUUUUUUUUCUUUCUUAGUUUUAUUUUGAUUCUUUUUUCACUUGACAGGUAUGUCUUUUCUCUCCUCUAUAUCCCUCACCCAGUGGAAAAAGGAAAGGAAAAGCAAAUUCUUGUAACACACAUGUAGAGUCAAUCAAAAGAAAUUCUUGUAUCAGCCAUGUUUUAAGAUUGAUAAAAUAAUCAUUUUUUUUGAUAAAAAUCAUCAUUUAAGAUGAUUCAUUCUGAAUCAUCAUUGCUCCCCUGGAAUCCUUCAUUGUUCAUUUCAGUGAUCAGAUCUCUUGCAUUUUUCAAAAUUCUUUGCCUUUCAGAUGAUUUUGUUAUGGUAUUCUUUCUGGGUUUGUUCCCUUCUCUUACAUCAGUUUAUACAUACGUACAGUCUCUCCAAUACAUAUUGAACUUCAUCUUAUGAUAUUUGGCCCAGGUCUCUUCUCUGGAGAACGCUUUAUAAUCCCGACUCUGUCAUCCAGUUACUCAUUCUCUCCCAGCUUUGCUUUGUCAGAAAUAUUGUUGAGUAGGCUCUCUUUACCUUCAUGCUGAAGCCAUUGGCACAAUCUUAAACAGCCCAGGAGCGAGCACCCAGAUCCAUGUCUCUCCCAGAGGCUUCUUGGUAUUCUGGCAUUGAACAAUUAAAAACUACUCCUUGCACCUACCCAGCCACAUAACCUGACUCCAUCACCGAGGGCUGCCUCCAGCACUAGAACCAAGAAAUCUCCCUGUGACUACCUGCAGCCACCAAGCUGCCAGCCUCUCUCUUUGAUCUUUCUCUGGCAGCUUCUCACGCUAGACUUGGUUCUUUCCCACUUGGUGUGGCUCCCAUGGCUGAAGUCUUGCCAAAAGGAUGAAUGCUCAUUCAAGGAUACGGUCCCGAAAAUCACCUUGUGUGUGUCUAUGAACUUAUUCAACUGAUCAUGACACAGCCUUGUGAGCUCCCUACCGUGAAAGCCCUAGGAGAUGACAGUCCUAGCAGGGACACAGUGACCAGUACAUGGUUUUACUUGUUCAGGCCAGUAUCCUAGAAUAUACGCCUUAUGCACAGGCUCUAGGACAUGUUUGAGUCCUGAGCAAUAAAUUAAAACUUUAGCCAAAACUGUGUUAAUGUAUGCAAAAAAGCACUCGAACUCCUCCCUCUUUAAGAUUUCUAUAAUUACCAUGGGACUUAUUCAGAGUCGUUCUGGCCAUUCACUGAAUUAUCUGGUGAUCAACCCAACACUGUGACCCUUUAAAGGGCUUUUAUAAUCAUAAUAGAGCUCCUGACCUCCUUUUUCAGCAUCAAUAAGCCCCCUUUGUGGAAGGCUGCCCCUUAGUUUGGGGGAAAGCUCCAAAUUUCCUUGGGAGGGAAAUACUGGACACUACAUGUUCCCCUCUUCCCCAGACUAUAACCUUGCCUGCCAAAGAGCAGAUCCCCUGAUACUUCUUACCACCUGUUACCAGGUUGCAAUUGGAUGGAGGGCAUUGUGCACUAAUGAUCUGCCUCCCUCAGUGGUCAUUUCUCCCCACUGCUGCUUCUUGGAGCUGAUUCCCACCCCCUCAUACUCUAUUCUCACAACUUAUCCUGAAACUCUGAUCACUAAUAGCCAAACUUUCACUCCUCCUUCUCUACUGACUUCCUCACUUCCUUUAUGCUGACCAAACCUCUCCAAUGCCCUUUUCUUCCUCUGGCCUUCCCUCCCUUUGUGGGCUCCAGAAUGCUUGCUCCCCUCUCAGAAGAAAAUCCAUCAUGGUGGAGCCAAUAUGGCAGAGCAUGGCAGGAACUCUAUUCAUAUUCACUUUCAGGUACAAAAUAAUGCCUUAAAAUAAAUUCCCCCAAUAGAGGACCAACAAAAGGACAAGGUGAAACAUUUUUUGAGCCUAGAAGUUCAGCAGGAAAGAUCUGCCUCCCUGAGGUUGUUGAGGUGUGAGAAAUGAGGGUUGAGAGAUCUUCUAACAGCAGUGGGGUCCCCCAGGCUGAUCCACAGGCUCUGGGAAAAAGUCACAAACCCCAAUAAAUACAGGCUCUAGGUUUGUGGCAAAGGUGGGUUUAUGACAUUAAGAAGACAGCUUUCCUAGGGGGCAAAAUCCUGUUAGAAUUAGUGCAAAGAUGGGUUUACACUGAGAAGCAACUCGAUGGGCUUUCCUGAUCAGGAACUAGCCGAGAUGGAUUGACAGACCUCAGGUAUGUGGGGUAGAGCAGUUUGAGGGACUAAUCCAGUCCAAUAGAGGGUGGUGAUUAUACCCCAAGCCAAGAUCUCCAAUUAAAUGAGAUUACUUAUAUGGGAGUUGCCCUUAUGAACAGGAGGGUGGAGCUCUUCCCAGAGGCCUGGAGGGUUUGAGACACAGGACCACCUUUCCCCCAAGAUAACUUUCAAACUCUACCCCCCACCCCCCACCCCCCCAAAAAAAAACCUCAGUUUUUUUUAUAUCAAGGUCAAAAGAGAGUAAAUCCAACACAGGUGGCCCCAGCCCAGGAAGGAGCAAGCUGCAUCCCAUGGCACCCACAGGCAAACAGCCACACCCCCAAACCCCAUAGCAAGAAACUUGGGAAAGUGUCCUCCUAGCCAAGGGUCACAGCCCAACUUAAUAUGAAUUUUAGAAGUCAAGAAAUAGAAUGAAAAAUGCACACUCACAAAGACACAGACUCAGACACACACACACCCCAAACCAAAAGACUAU